GUUUGGAGAUGGAUGCCUUUUUGGUUCUACUGCGAGGCCCUCGUGCUCCUGACUUCCCUCCCCGAUCUUGUCGUAUAAAUGUUUUAGUCUGUCACCCUCUUUUCUCCUGCAUUCCUCUCUGUCUCUCUCUCUAGCUCUCUCUAUUACUUGAUCGUUGUUAUUUGUCGAUAUAAACUAUGGCUCCAGUACCCAAUUCUGAGUCAAUCAACCCAAAAGAUGUUUGCAUUGUUGGUGUUGCACGUACACCCAUGGGUGGCUUCCUUGGUACACUUUCAUCCUUGCCAGCCACUAAGCUUGGGUCUGUUGCUAUUCAGGGUGCAUUGAAGAGGGCAAAUAUUGAUCCAUCCCUUGUACAAGAAGUAAUUUUCGGAAAUGUUCUCAGUGCAAACUUGGGUCAGGCCCCUGCAAGGCAGGCAGCAUUAGGUGCAGGAAUAUCGGAUACAGUGGUAUGUACGACAGUCAAUAAAGUUUGUGCUUCGGGGAUGAAAGCUGUAAUGCUUGCGGCACAGAGUAUCCAAUUGGGUAUCAAUGAUAUUGUUGUGGCAGGAGGCAUGGAAAGCAUGUCAAAUGCCCCUAAAUACAUUGCGGAAGCCAGGAAGGGUUCUCGUCUUGGACAUGACACACUAGUUGAUGGGAUGCUGAAAGACGGGCUGUGGGAUGUUUACAAUGAUUGUGGCAUGGGAGUUUGUGCUGAAUUAUGUGCAGAACAGCAUGCAGUAACAAGAGACGACCAGGAUAACUAUUCUUGCCAGAGCUUUGAGCGUGGCAUUGCUGCUCAGGAGUCUGGUGCUUUUUCAUGGGAGAUUGUUCCUGUUGAGGUAUCUGGAGGAAGGGGAAAACCAGCAACAGUUGUUGAUAAAGAUGAAGGUCCUACUAAGUAUGACCCUGCCAAAUUGAGAAAACUUAGACCAAGUUUCAAGGAUGUUGGAGGCACGGUUACUGCUGGAAAUGCUUCUAGCAUAAGUGAUGGUGCUGCUGCACUAGUUUUAGUGAGUGGGCAGAAGGCACUAGAGCUUGGGCUGGAGGUGAUUGCAAAGAUCAGUGGUUAUGGUGAUGCUGCUCAGGCUCCAGAGAAAUUUACAACAGCUCCCGCCCUCGCAGUACCAAAGGCCAUCUCUCAUGCAGGCUUGAAUGCUUCUCAGAUUGACUACUAUGAGAUAAACGAAGCUUUCUCUGUUGUUGCUGUUGCCAAUAUGAAAUUACUUGAAGUUCCUGCGGAAAAAGUAAAUGUUCAUGGUGGAGCUGUGUCUUUGGGACACCCUCUUGGGUGCAGUGGAGCACGAAUUAUCGUCACACUUUUGGGGGUACUACGGCAGAAAAGUGGUAAAUAUGGUGUUGCUGGUGUCUGUAAUGGUGGUGGUGGAGCAUCUGCCCUUGUUGUAGAGCUUUUGUGAGCCUUUUUAUUUUGAGGUUUUGUCGAAGUCCUGGCUCACCUAAAUGUUGGAGUAACCUGUAAUCUGUUGUUUCUCCAAGUUCUCAUCUAUGGAUUUCUAUGCCCUUCAUUGCUUCCGAAUAAAUGUAAUCACUUCUGAAUUAUUAGUGGUACCAAUAUCUGUCGUUUUUAGGUGGUUAUUUUGUGUUUUUUCUUCUUCGUGUUUGGGGAUGGUAAGCUGUUAGACUUUAUAGGGAUAGGAACGUGUUAGCUUGUUCUAGGACCAAACUGAGUGCAAAAAAAUCUGUAUUCUUUGUAUCUUGUCUGAAAUUUCUGUUCUAUUAUGGUUUUUGAGUAAUAAGCGCAUUAUGUGUAUUCAUAUUGA